CCGAUUCAAAGAACCGACUCGCUCGCGCACGACACAUCGUUAUUGCGAGGCAAACGGCGCUUGUUGACGGAUGAAAGCCUUUUGUUCGGCGAAAGCGGAUUAUCGACAUGAUUGAGUGCGUUGACCUUAGCUAGCUGACCUGUUUACAUCUUUACAUUGUGACUGCUGUUCCCGUGUUCUCAGACCAGAAGGAUGAUGGGAGCGCUGGUGAACGUUCGGAGAGGAGGACGCUCCCCGCCUUUGCUCAUGGUCGCCCUCGUCGCUUGCAUCCUCCUGUUCGGCUUCAACUACUGGGUAUCCAGCUCGAGAAACGUGGAGCUGCAGACCAAGCUGCUGGAGCUGGAGGAAGCUGUGAGGCGGGUGUCUGCCGAGAAGGCACGGGAGCAGAUGGCCCGCAGCGAGGCGGAGGAACAAGUACACAGGCAGACACAGGAACUGGCUCUCAUGGAGGGAGCUCACCAUAGACGGCAGCAGAGCGCCCAGAACAUGUGGAACGAAGAGAAGGAGAGUCUACUGCUCAACAUCUCUUCCAACGCCAAAACCAUUCAGGAUAUGAAAGACCAGAUGAAGAGUCUGCGUGAGGACCUCAGUAAGAUGCAGAAGGAGCUGCAGUCAUGCAAGAACAACAUGAACACACUGAAUAAGAAACUCACCUACGACAUGACUCAGUGUAACACACAGAUAUUAGCCCAGAAGGAGGAGUGUAACGAAAAGCUCGCAGCAGCCAAACUGGAGGUGCAGAAGAAGUUCAAGAGACAAAAUGAACCAUCGGAUGUUGUUCAGCCUGCCUCAGACUCCACUCAGAAAGCAGUCGUCACCAAAAACGCGUCAGAAGCGCUCGGCGGAAAAGACUCGACGAAAAGUCUCGGAGAACCUCAGAAGAUGGAACCAGCUCCAGAAAAGACCAGAUCUGACGAGCACCAAGAAACCAAUGAGAUACCACAAGAUCAAGCCGUUCAACCAGUGAAUGAUUCAGGCAAGCCGGAGUCGCCGUCCACUCCAAUUCUGUCCAAUCACAACAGCACCCUGAAGAGCCUGAACGAAAAAAUGGAAGAAGUGAUGGACGUUAAAGGAGGAGACUUGAAGGAUGCCGCUGCUCUGUUAGAUGCUGCAGCAGUCACUAAAGUGAAGGAAGAAGAGGCCAUAGAGUACGACAAUGAAGGCGAGAUCGAGAAACGGCUGUCUAAACUAAAAGAUGAAAAAUCGGCUGUGCAGGAGCUUGAAGAGGAGCUGGCUGACUACAACGGCGACGACGAGAAUGAACCCGAGUUCGAAGCUGACAAACAAGCGGAGCUUGCUGAGGUCUAACACACCCAUACACACCCCUACACACACUGAGAGAGGAUCACACUCGUGCCUGGUGACAGGGGGGGGUUUAACCCUCCAUUCAGUUCCUGCUGGGCUCAGAGUCCUAACCUCGGAUCGCUUAACUGCCGUCUGUAUAACGGCAAACAGGCACAGAAUUUACAUUGGUCAGUUUCGCUGGAGUUUCUCCUCACGUCCGCCAAGUCUCUUACUUGCAGAUGCACAUGAAGAUUUUCCAACAUAUCACAAACGUCUCAAUGCUGAAGAGGGUCUCAUGAAGCUGAGGUCUUUUUAAUAUUUUAUACCGUACACUGAAAGCAGACUUGUGGAAGUUUCACUCGGUCAGAUCUCUUUCUCAAACCGCUCACACUGGGUAGAUGUAGCAUACUAGAACCGCUGCCAAGUGAACCUCUUAUACUCAAAGCCUGCUGUGAAUGAAGAAAGGGGGCAAAGAAACAUGACAUUUCAACUCCAAACUAAACUACACAACAAACCAAAACAAAUUAGAAUUAUUAUUAUUUCUCCCACAGGUUUCCUUUCUAUGCAAACAGAUCUGUCACAAGAUACGCAAGUACGUAUUCGUGUCUAAUGUAAAAGGUUAGCGUUUUUCUUUUUACUUGCACAACAAACAUAUAGAUACCAGAAAUAUUGGACUGCAGAGUGUAUCGUGUCAAAAUGCUGUGCCUUGUGUGUGUUUUGAGACGUAGCUCAAGAACUCUCUAUAUCGCUAGCUAGGCUAUGAAAGAAAUAGACAGUAAAUUUGAAUAUUUUCCCCAUAACAGCAUGCCACGUGAAGAUUUUUUUUACCGUGAUAAUAGAAAAUUGAGCAAUUUUCUAUUAAUUAAAAUAACAAUAAUAUUCAUGUCCACGACAGCAGCUAUAAACUCAAAAAGCUUUUUUAUUUUAAUAUAAUAAAACAGCCGACACUGGAGACUCCUUCCAUAACGUUAAAUAAACAUCUUAAAGUGUAAAUAAUGUUCUUUGUAAUAUAUUCAGAACAUAGCAGAACUUUUUGUAUAGAAAUCUGAUUCAGAUCAAUGUCGAAUUUUUUUUUUUUUUUAAAAGAA